UUUUGGCACUGUGGGCAGGUGCCGAGUCCUGCUGGAAAAGGAAAUCAGCAUCUCCAUAAAGCUCGUCAGCAGAUGGAAGCAUGAAGUGCUCUAAAAUCUCCUGGUAGACGCUGCAUCGACUCUCGACUCGAGAAAACACACUGGACCGACACCAGCAGAUGACAUGGCGACCCAAAUCAUCACUGACUGUGGAAACUUCACACUGGACUUCAAGCAACUUGGAUUCUGUUCCUCUCCACUCUUCCUCCAGACUCUGGAACCUGGAUUUCCAAAUGAAACGCAACGUUUACUUCCAUCUUCCCCGUGAUUGUAGUUGUGUACUGAACCAGACUGAGAGAUUAAAGCCUCAGGAAACCUUCACAGCCUGACUAGAGUCCGUAGCAAGAAGACGACGCCCCCUCUCCCCCCAUCCAACAUGGCCGACCCAAUGGAGAUAGACGACUCGUUGUACAGUCGGCAGCGGUAUGUCCUGGGAGACAGUGCCAUGCAACAGAUGGCUCAGUCCUCUGUAUUCUUGAGUGGAAUGGGGGCUCUGGGUGUGGAAGUAGCUAAGAAUAUCGUCCUUGCUGGAGUGAAGACAGUCACGUUGCAUGACAGUAAGCAGUGCGAUGUCUGGGACCUCGGCACUAACUUCUUUAUCCGAGAGGAGGACGUUCAGAGCCGGAAGAAAAGGGUGGAGGCUGUGCAUUCCCGGGUGGCCGAGUUAAACCCAUAUGUUCAGGUCAGCAUAUCGAGCGUGGCCCUGAACGACACCACUGAUCUCAGCUUUCUGCUUAAGUACCAGUGCGUCGUGCUAACGGAGACGAGCCUGCGCUUGCAGAAGAGGAUCAACUGUUUCUGUCGCUCUCAGCAGCCUCCGAUUAAGUUUAUCAGCUGUGACGUGCUGGGGAUCUGCUCGCGAGUGUUCUGCGAUUUCGGCGAGAGCUUCGAGGUGUCAGACCCGACGGGGGAGGAGCCUAAAGAGCUUUUCAUUCAGAACGUCAGCCAGGAGAACCCCGGCGUGGUGACGUGCAUGGACAGCCGCGCCCACGGCCUUCAGACGGGACAGAGCGUGCGUUUCCGAGAGAUCAACGGCAUGACCGAGCUCAACGGCACUACACACCAAAUUACAGUUAUUUCUCCGUACAGUUUUGCGAUCAGCGAUACGUCGUCCUUCCAGCCGUAUCUCCACGGUGGAAUCUUUCGAACCGUCAAGACGCCCAAAACCUACAGCUUCGAGACGAUGGAACAGCAGUUACACGACCCACAGCUUCUUAUUCCAGACUUGAGCAAACCCGAGGCACCGCUGCAGAUCCACGCCACCAUGAUAGCUCUGGACGUCUUCCAGGAACAACACAACAGACUGCCGAAUAUAGGCUGUUUGCAGGAUUCGGAUCUCCUGCUGAAGAUCGCCGAGGAGGUCAACGAGACGCUCAAGAACAAAGUGAACGUGAACCCGUCUUUAGUGAGGUGCGUGUCGCGUUGCGCGAGAGGCUGCCUCUCUCCCCUAGCAGCCGCCGUGGGAGGCAUCGCCAGUCAAGAAGUGCUGAAGGCUCUUACCGGAAAGUUCACGCCGCUUCAACAGUGGUUUUAUCUGGAUGCUUUAGAAGUGGUCCAACCCCUCCAGUCUCUUCCUGUAGAGGAGUUUGCACCUCGGGGAGAUCGAUACGAUGCUUUGAGGGCCUGUAUCGGCGAGUCCUUUUGUUUGGAGUUACACAAGCUUCGAGUCUUCAUGGUGGGGUGUGGCGCUAUAGGAUGUGAGAUGCUGAAGAAUUUUGCACUGCUCGGGGUGGGGUUGGCCAGAUGCUCAGGGGAGAUUUUCAUCACUGAUCCAGAUCUUAUAGAGAAGUCCAACCUCAACCGCCAAUUUCUCUUCAGACCUCAUCAUAUACAGAAGCCAAAAAGCAUCACGGCGGCUGCAGUCACGUUAGAGAUUAAUCCCGAGCUCCACAUAGACGCUAACCUGCACAAGGUGUGUCCCGCCACGGAGGAGACAUUCAGCGACACUUUCUAUUCACGUGUCAGUCUGGUCAUCACCGCGCUGGACAACGUGGAGGCUCGGAGAUACGUGGACAGUCGGAGCGUGUCCAAUCAGAAAGCGUUACUCGACUCUGGGACCAUGGGGACGAAAGGUCACACCGAGGUCAUUGUGCCAAACCUGACCGAGUCCUAUAACAGCCAUAGAGAUCCACCAGAGGAGGAAAUACCAUUCUGCACUCUAAAGUCUUUUCCUGCUGUGAUCGAGCACACCAUACAGUGGGCCAGGGACAAGUUCGAAAGCUCCUUCUCUCACAAGCCCUCCAUGUUCAACAUGUUCUGGCAGACCCACGUGUCGGCUACAGAUGUGUUGCAGCGGAUGAAAGCCGGGGAGAGCCUGGACGGAGCGUUCCAAGUCAUUAAGGUGUUGAGCCGCCGCCCCACACGCUGGGAGCACUGCCUGGCCCUCGCUCGCCUCAAAUUUGACAAAUACUUCAAGAGGAAGGCACUACAACUACUGCACUCGUUUCCACUGGAUACACGACUGAAAGACGGCAGUCUGUUCUGGCAGUCUCCCAAACGACCUCCAUCCCCUAUCGAGUUUGAUCUCAAAGACCAGCUGCACUUCGGUUUCGUGGUCAGCACGGCUCGGCUGUUCGCGGGAAUCUACAACAUCCCGUGUUCCGAAAAGAACCUCAGUUACGAGGCCGUGGCAAGCGUUUUGGCUGAAGUUGAGAUUCCGGAGUACAAGCCGGCAGAGAAGCAUAUAGAGACCGACGAAACAGUUAAGAAGCCUGAACAGAUCAAGCUGACCGUGAGCAGCGAGGAGGAAAGGGAAGCCAUAUCAGAGCUGGAAGAGGCCAUCACAUCUGGUUUUACACCAGAGCGCGUGCGUAUGACGCCGUUGCUUUUCGAGAAAGACGACGACGCGAACGGUCACAUGGAUUUCGUGGAGUCGGCGUCAGCCCUGAGAGCACACAUGUACUCGAUCGAAGCCGCCGAUCGCCUCCAGACCAAACGCAUCGCCGGCAAAAUCAUCCCCGCUAUCGCCACGGCUACCGCCGCUGUCGCCGGCUUGGUGGCGUUGGAGCUGAUUAAAGUCACGGGUGGCUAUGGCUUCGAGUCAUUUAAGAACUGCUUCUUCAACCUGGCCAUCCCUGUCAUGGUCCUAACGGAGACGGCUCGGGUCAAAAGGACGCAGAUCAGAGACGACAUCUUCUUCUCCAUCUGGGAUCGCUGGUCCGUUGUAGGACAUGAAGACUUCACCCUGUCCGACUUCAUCAGCGCUGUCAGGGAAAAGUACGGUAUUGAGCCCACUAUGGUGGUUCAUGGAGUGAAGAUGCUCUACGUACCCAUCAUGCCCGGACACAGCAAGAGACUCAAACUGGCUAUGCAGAAGUUGAUCAAGCCUUCGGCAGAAAGGAAGUACGUCGACCUCACUGUGUCUUUUGCACCAGAAACGGACGGGGACGAGGAUCUGCCCGGCCCUCCUGUCCGCUAUCACUUUAGACACGAGAGUGGCGAGAAGGCCUGACACACACACACACACACACACACACACACACACACACACACACACACACACACACACACACACACACACACACACUGAUAUUACACCCUCCCUUACCUCCCCCCGUGGACCACUAGUGGAGUAGCACUUGAUGAAUCUGUACAUAGUAAAACGUUUUUUUUUUGUUUGUUUGUUUGUUUGUUUUCUACGGGUUCGUAAUUUUAUUGCAUAACUACGUCUGUGCCGAUGCCUUAAGAAAUAUCGUGCGUCCAUUAUGAUGAUGAUGAUGGCGGUGAUUAUUAUAUAUAGUUGAUCUCGCGGUCGAAGGAAAACAGUGUUUACACUCCUAACUUAAGGCUUGAUUAUUAAGGCUGUUGUUUUAUUAGCGCAGACACAGGGGGAGGAGAAAGCUGAAAGAACCGAUCGCUUCCUAACGCAGAUCGCCCGCGACGUUCCCCGUUCGUCCCGAAUCAAGACCCGAGGACGCAGACCCGCUCGACUGACACGCAGACUAAAACGGCUCUAUUUAUUUCCACGUCCCCUGCGCUUAGCGUUUCCUCGAGACCGACACCGGACGAACGUCGACGUAGUAGUUAUCCGAAACGAGUAAAUAAAUCUAAUAAUUCGCCGCCCGUCCCCGCAGCGCUCCGAGCGGGUGUGUACCGGGAGAAGCCCGUUUCGCUUAUCAGACACUAAGCUCGGACACUUGCACCGAAUUUUACCGCGUAGCACGCGGAAAGCGAAGAAGAAAGCGAGAUUUUCGUUUGCUUCCUUUAACGUGGACGACCCGACGUUCCUUUGCGCAGAAACUCGUAACCGCGAUGUCCUCCGUAUCUCCGUGACUAAAACGAUGUCAAACAUUUCACAACUAAAAAAAAAAAAAACGCUUGUUAAAAGAAGUACGAUAUUACACAACAUGACUGUGACUGGAGUAUACAGCUGAAGGUCCAAUCAAAAAUAAACUUUUCAACCAUGA